AUGCAUGAACGAGAGCAUUCGGUUGAUACCAUUCGAAGAAGUAGUCAAAUAUUUGGUGCCCAUGAGAAACUUCAGAAAUUGAUGGUGGCAAACCGUGGUGAAAUUGCCAUUCGAGUUUUUCGAACAGCUCAUGAAAAUUCUCUGAGAACGGUUGCAAUUUUUAGCUAUGAAGAUCGAUUAUCGAUGCAUAGAUAUAAAGCCGAUGAAGCCUAUCAAAUCGGUUCACCGAAUAUUUAUACACCUGUGGGUGCUUAUCUAGCUCAAGAUGAAAUAAUUCGUAUUGCAAAAUUACGCGGUGUAUCGAUGAUACAUCCAGGUUAUGGAUUUCUAUCCGAAAACUCUGAAUUUGCCAGAAAGGUUGAAGAGGCCGGGAUUAUAUUCGUUGGUCCUACACCUGAAGUUAUUGAGAAAAUGGGCGAUAAAACCAAAGCAAGACAAAUUGCCAUGGAGUGCGAUAUUCCCGUGGUACCAGGUACACCAGGUCCGAUUUCCACAAUAGCAGAAGCAGAAAAUUUUAUAGCCGAAUAUGGGUUUCCGAUCAUUAUUAAAGCUGCGAUGGGUGGUGGAGGUCGUGGUAUGAGAGUUGUUCGUAAUGCAGAAUCACUCGUCGACUCUUUUGAACGCGCGAAAUCUGAAGCUUUGUCCGCUUUUGGAGACGGCACAGUUUUCUUGGAACGUUUUUUGGAUAAGCCAAGGCACAUUGAAGUUCAAUUAUUAGCGGACUGUGCCGGAAAUGUUAUUCAUUUAUUUGAACGUGAUUGUUCUGUACAACGACGUCACCAAAAGGUAGUUGAAGUCGCCCCGGCAGUCAACCUUGAUGUAACGAUUCGUGAUGCUAUCCUUAAGGAUGCUGUCAAACUCGCCAAGGCUGUGCAUUAUCGAAAUGCAGGUACAGCCGAAUUCUUAGUCGAUUUGAAGGGUAGACAUUACUUCAUUGAGAUUAAUCCUCGAAUUCAAGUUGAACAUACAAUAACGGAGGAAAUUACUGGUAUCGAUAUAGUUGCUGCACAAAUCAAUAUUGCCGGCGGAACACUUCUUGCAGACCUCAAUUUAACACAAGAACGCAUUGUUACACGAGGUUACGCAAUUCAAUGUCGUAUUACCACUGAAGAUCCAUCUCAAAAUUUUCAGCCAGAUACGGGAAAAAUUGAGGUUUAUAGAUCUUCUGGUGGAAAUGGUAUUCGUAUGGAUGGCGGUUCAGGUUAUGCUGGUGCUGUUAUAACACCACAUUAUGAUUCAUUAUUAGUAAAGUGUACAUGUUGGGGUGAAUCUUAUGAAGUUGCAAGACGUAAAAUUCUUCGGGCCUUGGUGGAAUUUAGGAUUCGUGGUGUAAAAACCAACAUUCCUUUUCUACAACGCUUGCUCACCCAUGAUGUUUUUAUAAGUGGAGAGGCAUGGACAACUUUCAUUGAUGAUACGCCGGAUCUAUUUAGACUAGUCGGAAGUAAAAAUCGUGCCCAAAAAGUACUAAAAUACUUGGGGGAUAUUGUCGUCAACGGAAGUAGUAUUAAGGGACAAAUUGGUGAGCCUGUUUUUAAGGGAGAAAUACUUUUUCCAACUAUUCGUUCUUUGGCUGGUCCAGAUCCUGUCGAUGUACAAAUUCCUCCUGGACAUGGAUGGAGACACAUUUUUAUUGAGAAAGGACCAGAGGCUUUUGCUAAAGCCGUACGUGAAUAUAAUGGUGUAUUGAUCAUGGAUACAACCUGGAGAGAUGCGCAUCAAAGCUUAUUGGCCACUAGAGUUAGGACAAUUGAUCUUUUGAAUAUUGCUUCUCAUACUGCACAUGCUCUUGCUAAUGCAUAUUCUUUGGAGAUGUGGGGCGGUGCAACUUUUGACGUUGCGUUGAGGUUUUUAUAUGAAGAUCCCUGGGACCGUUUGGAUAAAUUACGUGCGCUAGUUCCAAACAUUCCCUUUCAGAUGUUGCUUCGUGGUGCCAACGCUGUCGGUUACACUUCAUACCCAGAUAAUGUUAUAUAUGAAUUUUGUCAAAAAGCAAAAGAUCAUGGGAUGGACGUAUUUCGUAUCUUUGAUUCACUUAAUUAUAUCGAAAAUAUGAAACUAGGCAUUGAUGCAGUCAAAAAGGCCGGUGGCAUAGUUGAAGCGGCCAUUUGUUAUACCGGCGAUGUUACCAAUCCCAAGAAGAACAAACAUGAUUUACAAUAUUAUCUAGAUCUUACUGCACAGUUGGUAAAUUUGGGAAUACAUGUAUUAGGUAUUAAAGAUAUGGCAGGUUUAUUGAAACCCGAAGCAGCAAAACUUCUAAUAGGUUCUAUCAGACAAAAGUGGCCUGAUCUGCCUAUACAUGUACAUACACACGAUACCGCCGGUACUGGUGUUGCUAGUAUGUUAGCAGCCGCAGCAGCCGGCGCUGACGUUAUUGACUUGGCUAUUGAUAGUAUGUCUGGAACAACCUCUCAACCUUCAAUGGGUGCAGUAGUGUCUGCGUUAGAACAUACUGAUCUUGGCACGGGCAUUAGGUUAGAGGAUGUGCAUGCAUUGAAUGGAUAUUGGGAACAGGCACGUAAAUUAUAUAGUUGUUUUGAAGCUGGAGUCUUGAGUGCUGAUUCGUCAGUUUAUGAGCACGAAAUGCCUGGAGGUCAAUAUACAAAUCUCAUGUUUCAAUCAGCACAAUUGGGACUUGGAAAGCAAUGGAAAGAAAUUAAGAAAGCUUAUACUGAAGCCAACAAACUAUGUGGUGAUAUAGUUAAAGUAACGCCAAGUUCAAAGGUCGUUGGUGAUCUCGCACAAUUUUUGGUUUCUAAUAAAUUAAACUACCAAGAUGUAAUUGCAAAAGCAAAAACAUUAUCAUUCCCAACGUCGGUUGUGGAAUUUUUCCAAGGAUAUUUAGGGCAACCAUAUGGAGGAUUUCCUGAACCACUUCGCUCAGAUAUUAUUCGUGACCUUCCAAGAAUAGAUGGUCGACCAGGAGCUACAAUGAAACCAUUAGAUUUGCUCGAACUUAAACAAGAAUUAGUUGCUAAAUAUGGAAGAUCUAUUCGAGAUGUGGACGUUGUAUCUGCUGCCAUAUAUCCUAAAGUAUUUGCGGAAUAUCGUGAAAUCCUUGAGAAAUACGGUGACGUAUCAGUUAUACCCACUCGAUAUUUCUUAUCAAGACCUGAAAUUGGCGAAGAAUUAAGCAUAGAACUUGAAGAGGGUGUUACGCUUAUUAUUAAAUACUUGGCUGUUGGACCUCUAAACACGACCAAUGGUAGACGCGAAGUUUUCUUUGAGUUAAAUGGUGAAGCACGGGUUGUCGGAGUAGUAGAUACAAGUGCAGCUGUUGAACAUGUACAGCGAGUAAAAGCUGAUCCCGGAAACCCUGGAGAAGUUGGUGCACCAAUGUCUGGUGUGGUAAUUGAAGUGAGAGCACAUGAGGGAGCAGAGAUUAAAGCUGGUGAUCCAAUUUGUGUACUUUCGGCAAUGAAGAUGGAAACAGUAGUUUCAUCACCGGUUUCUGGAAAGGUUGAAUAUGUCGCAGUUAAAGAGAGUGAUUCAUUAAAUGCGGGAGAUCUUAUUAUUAGAAUAGUAAAAGAAUGA